GGCCUCGGGCCUGGUUAAGAUGGCGGUGCCCGGGGUCCCGUGCAGUGGCCGUACGGAGUGCCACUACCCUGGGCGGAUGGGAGCCGCCCCGUUCGAAAGAACCGCCCCCAGCGGCUGCACCACGGCCGCGUAGCAGACCAGCCCAGGCCCCGCCCGGGACGGCAACCGCGCCAUGGACGUUCCUAGCUCCUCCAGCUCCCGAUUCUCGGUCGGCUCUGCCAGCCCUAGCAGUGUGCUCCUCUAUGCGAAAGACCUCAAAAAGUGGGAUGAGUUUGAAGAUCUGUUAGAGGAAAGAAGACAUGUCAGUGACUUCAAAUUUGCGAUGAAGUGCUACACACCACCCUUGUAUAGGGGAAUCACUCCCUGCAAGCCAAGUGACAUCAAGACGAUUGUCCUCAAUUCUGAAGAGAUUAACUAUGUCAUUAAGCAGCUUUCCAAGGAGACGCUGACAGGAGUUGAUGUCCUCCGAGAGGAAGCCAGUGAGAUCCUAGAGGAGAUGAGUCACAAGCUGCGCAUAGGAGCCAUUCGGUUCUUAGCCUUUGUUCUGAGCAAGAUUUUUAAACAGAUCUUCUCAAAGGUGUGUGUGAAUGAAGAAGGCAUUCAAAAGCUACAACGAGCUAUCCAGGAGCACCCUGUGAUCCUGCUGCCCAGCCACCGGAGCUACAUUGACUUCCUCAUGCUGUCUUUUGUUCUCUACAACUAUGAUCUACCUGUACCAGUGAUCGCAGCAGGAAUGGACUUCCUGGGGAUGAGAGUGGUCAGUGAGCUGCUCAGGAUGUCUGGGGCCUUCUUCAUGCGACGCACUUUUGGAGGAAAUAAACUCUACUGGGCUGUAUUCUCUGAAUACGUGAAGACCAUGCUACGGAAUGGUUAUGCUCCUGUUGAGUUUUUCCUCGAAGGGACAAGGAGUCGAGCAGCCAAGACCUUGACUCCUAAAUUUGGUCUCCUGAAUAUUGUGAUGGAACCAUUUUUUAAAAGAGAAGUUUUUGAUACCUACUUUGUCCCAAUUAGCAUCAGUUAUGAUAAAAUAUUGGAAGAAACUCUUUAUGCUUAUGAGCUCCUAGGAAUUCCUAAGCCAAAGGAGUCCACUGCUGGAUUGUUGAAAGCUAGACGGAUUCUCUCUGAGAACUUUGGAAGCAUCCAUGUGUACUUUGGAGACCCCGUAUCACUGCGCUCUCUAGCUGCGGGCCGGCUCAGUCGGAACACAUAUAACUUGGUGCCAAGAUGCAUCCCUCAGAAGCAGCCUGAGGAUGUACAAGCCUUUGUCACUGAAGUGGCCUAUAAGAUGCAGCUUCUGCAGAUUGAAAACCUGGCUCUGAGCCCAUGGCUCCUGGUAGUUGCCAUUCUACUUCAGAACCAGCUGUCUAUGGACUUCGACGCCCUAGUGGAGAAGACUUUGUGGCUGAAGGGCUUAACCCAGGCAUUUGGAGGGUUCCUGCUUUGGCCUGAUAACAAACUUCCUGAGGAAGUGGUCCAGUCCAGCAUCCUCCUGCACUCUAACCUGGCCAGCCUCGUCAAAGACCAGGUGGUUCUGAAAGUGGACUCUGGAAGCUCACAGAUGGUCAAUGGGCUUGUGCCCGAGCACAUCGCCAUCCUCAUGUGCUCGGCUUACAGGAACCAGCUGCUCAACAUUUUCGCCCGCCCUUCCUUAGUAGCUGUGGCUUUUCACAUGACACCUGGGCUCAGGAAAGAGGAUGUCUUCAGUUGCUUUUCCUUCCUCCGCAAUGUGUUUUCAGAUGAGUUCAUCUUCCUUCCAGGAAACACACUCAGGGAUUUUGAGGAAGGCUGUUACUUGCUGUGUAAAACUGAGGCUAUGCAGAUGACUGGAAAGGACAUCAUCCUCACAGACAAAGGGAAUGCUGUAUUACAAUUCCUCACAGGACUCUUUAAGCCUUUUGUAGAAUCGUAUCAGUUACUUUCCAAAUACCUCUUGCGUGAAGAGGACUACUUCAGUGAGAAAGAGUACUUGGUUGCAGCCAGGAAGUUCGCCCGUCAGCUUCUGGAUCAAGGUAGCUCUCAGUGUUACGAUGUGUUGUCUUCUGAACUGCAGAAAAAUGCCUUAGCAGCUUUUGUGAGACUCGGGGCGGUAGAGAAGAAGAAGAUAGAUAGUAAGUAUGUGUAUUAUGUGAAUGGGCCCGCCACAAGCAAAUUAGAAGAAAUGCUCGGAUGUAAGAAGCCAAUAGGAAAACCAGCCACGGCAAAACUAUAAUAAUCAUGGAGCAGUUGUAGAAAACACAGUUCCAUAAUGACAGUCACAGAGGACUUACUCUGCCACAAAUGGGCACUGAGAGGAAGAUGUGACUUCUGUCUCCUUGAGACCUGUGAGCCGUGCUUUUGCCAGGAGGAGGAGAGCAUGGGAAUGUCGGUGUGACCUUCCAACCGAUGACUGCUGGCUGGUGUGACCUUCCCACCGUGAUGGCUGCCAGCCGGCAUUCAUGUCACUGUGUGUUGUCAAAUAAAGCAGUCUUGAAAACAUUCUUGGACAGCAGAGCUCAGGCUCCUCCCCGUUCACUGCUACUCAGUUUGCCACACCCACGCCACGCUCAGGCCGACCUACAAGGUAUAGGACAGCAGCAGCACUGACCACUUACUUAUCUGUGCUCUGAAGAAGGGACACCGGUGAGUGUUCCCAACCACAGCCUGCAGCUGGGAGCGGGAGCAUGGCAAGAGUGCAGAGUUCUCUGCUGUGCUCCAUGAGGGUCCCAGCCAAAACACAGGUUCACUAAGAACCUGUGUGGUGGGUGUAUGUAAAAAACAAAGGAAGUUCGUGUCUAGAUUAGCUCAAAUCUCUAGGACAUUUUGUUUUGGAUAAGCAGACCUUCCAAAAUCUAAAAAGCAGCCCUGCUCACUGUUCUUUGUCAGUGUUGUCAAUAAACUGUCCUUACUUAACAAACGACAGCUUUAACUCUGACACACUUCCAUCAUAACUAUUUUGGAUAAGGGACUCAACUUAUAUCUUUUUACUUUCAUUAUGUUGCCUCAAACAAGUGCAAAUUUGACAGAAGUGUGUAAUAAAUUAUCUAGUUUAUUUUAAACUUUA